CGCCCAAACAUGCUUCAUUGAGACCCGCCGACCUCGAACUAACCCAGUUUGUUCUGCCGAAACCCAUUCUCCUAAACCCUAAUUUUCUCAACCCCAAUUCACUGUAAACGUAAAAAUCAGUUUGCAAUAUUCGAUUCUAAUCAGUAGAGAUGCAGCACGAUGAGGUCAUAUGGCAAGUUAUCAGGCACAAUCACUGCAGUUUCAUGGCCAAAAUUGAAACUGGGAUAUUUUGUCGGAACCCGUAUAACGUGACCGGGAUUUGUAAUCGGAGCUCCUGCCCUCUCGCUAAUAGUCGAUACGCCACCAUCCGCGAACAUGAUGGAGUGUUUUAUUUGUAUAUGAAGACGAUCGAAAGGGCGCAUAUGCCAAAUAAAUUGUGGGAAAGAGUUAAAUUGCCCAGAAAUUAUGAGAAGGCCCUUGAAAUUAUUGACAAACACUUGAUGUUCUGGCCGAAACUACUUGUACAUAAAACAAAGCAAAGAUUAACCAAGAUGACACAGAUGCGAAUUCGCAUGAGGAAACUUGCUUUAAAGACAAGGGAGAAAAUUAUGACAACUCCAAGGAAAGAGAAGAAAAGAGAAGCUCGGAGAGAAGAGAAGGCUGAGAAGGCAGCAGUUUUGGAGAGAAGUAUUGAAACAGAGCUACUUGAACGCCUCAAGAAAGGAGUUUAUGGUGACAUUUAUAAUUACCCUGUUGAUAAGUACAAUGAAAUUCUUGAUAAGGAGGUUAUGAAGGAUGCUGUUAGCGAAGACGAAGAGGAACCUGAGAUAGAAUAUGUUGAAGGCUAUGAAGAGCUUGAAGAGGAGGAUAUGGAAGAUUUUGGUGAUCUUGCAAUCCCCAACAUGGACGGUGAUAAUGUUGGGGACGACCUCAAUGAUGAGGAGACUGUAGCUGUUGAAAGCAAGAGAGGGAGGAAGGAUUCUGCGAGAAAGCUGGAUAAAGAUGAACAUGGAGCCAAAUCAAAGAAGAAAGUGAAAGUACUUGUUGAGGUCGAGCAUGAAGAUGCAAAUGAACGACAAACAGCUGUACUAUGAAGCCCUUUUCAUUGUUCUAUAUAAAGUACUGAGAUAUGAGUAGGAUGAGACAAUCAGAUCGGCAUUUUAAUGUGUCAACAGACGGCUGCACUCCCUGUGGUUCUCAAAGAGGGGGAGAUUUUUCUCGAGGAAUACCAUGUUGUUUGGUUUACUAAUUUCUUUGUCAAACGUAAAACAGAGCAGAGCUCUCUCUCUCUCUCUCUCUCGCAGAUGUAUGGCAGAAUUUUCAUAUCCUGUUGGGAGAAUCCUUCUUUUCUUGUAUAAGUAGGAUUUUGUUUCUCCUAAAGCAAGUUAUUUAGUACUACUACCUAAAUACACAACUUUGAACUUUAGGGAUUAUUUAUCAAGAAAUUUUAUUUAACUAGUUAAUAAAGAGUAAUGCUAAUCAUCAACACAGU